UCAGAGUUCUAAGCGGGCUGCGCUUGGUCCGGGGCUGGCGGGCGAGGUCCGGGGCGAGGCGCCGAAGAUGUCGGAGGCCAGCAGCGCCAAGUCCGGGAAGGAGUGUUGGCGGGGUCGCUAUUACAAGCUCGAGGAGAUCGAGCAGCACAAGACCGGCCAGUCGACUUGGAUCAUCCUGCACCGCCGCGUGUAUGACCUCACCAAGUUCUUGGAGGAGCACCCCGGUGGUGAAGAAGUUUUAAGGGAACAGGCAGGCGGAGAUGCUACGGAAAACUUUGAAGAUGUCGGCCAUUCCACAGACGCUAGAGAACUGUCAGACACAUUUAUUAUAGGGGAACUUCAUCCAGAUGACUGGGAGAAAGUUCAGAAACCCACAGAUACUUAUAUUUCCACCGUUGAUUCUAGUACCAGUUCAUGGACCACCUGGCUGAUUGCAGCAGUAGCUGCGGCUAUCGCGGUCUUUCUGUACCGUCUCUACAUGUCUGAAUAAGCACCGUAUCGAGAAGCCAUAAUGGAAGAGACUGUUUUGGUAAAGAGAAUGAAGAAUGCAGAUUAAUGUUCUUCAUGUCAGGACAAUAUCUGGAAACCAUCCAUCCUCCUACCCUUCAGAAAGCCAAAAUAAAGUUUCUUUGACUGUGCACUUUUAAUCCUUCCUUUUAUUCAACUUUUAAGUGUUGAAGCUGUCUCUUAUCAUGUUAAUCUGUUAACUAUAUGAGAUUGGAAUUAAGAACACUGAGGCUAUCUGUGUAUUCUUAUGAAAUGUGACUUUAUUACUUAAAGCUGUUUGAUUUCUUUCCCUCCUUCAUAAGAACGUAAGAGAAGCCAGUGUUGGAUCAGGCCAAAUGGCCCAUCUGAUCCAAUUGUGCUUCUCUUGUCAACAUAAAUGGCAGGCAGUGUUCCCUCUAAGGUUAGUGCGAGCUAGCUCACAGUCUUUUAGCCUCCG